AGAAUGUUUAUGAUUACUUACACACAUAUAUACAAGAAUACAACAUUAGAAUAGGUUUACAUGUAUUUCUAUACAAAAAUGGCGCUUUAUAUUUUGCGCACGUGUGGAAUGGUGCAGAAGUAGAUUAUAUUUUUAUGUUAAAAAAAUUAACACAAAAAAUAUAAAAUGAUGACUUCCUCAUUAUUUAUUAAUAAAAAUAUUGUAAGACAAUGUUUUCGUUGUAUGAGCACAAUGAAAAAACAGUCAUCCGCUGAAUAUUGUUUGGAAUUGGUUAGAAAAAGAGAUUAUGAGAAUUUUUUAUGCACGUUACUACUUCCUAAUAAUAUAAAAGCUGCAGGUUCUGCGAUUCGUGCUUUUAACGUUGAAAUAGCACAAGUUGAAGACCAAAUAAGUAUAAAACAUAUAGGAAUAAUGAGAUUACAAUUUUGGAAAGAAACGCUGAAUAGGAUAUAUGAUGGUAUGCCAUCAGAAACACCAGUUGCUUUAGAAUUACAUAGGAUAUUACAAAAACACAAACUUUCAAAAAGAUAUUUUAAACGUCUAAUUGAUGCUCGGUUAGAUAAAUUAGAAAAAUCUACAUUUCCUAAUAUACAAGCAGUUGAAAAUUAUGCUGAAAGUACUGUUUCAUCAAUUUAUUACUUAUUAUUGGAAGCACAUGGUACAAAAAAUAUAAAGGCAGAUCAUACAGCUAGUCAUUUGGGCAAAGCACAAGGAAUUGUUACUUUAUUGCGCUCCAUUCCAUAUCAUGCUCAAAAACGUGUUAUUGUUUUACCAGAAGAUAUUUUAAUGAAACACAAUAUAUCAUCCGAAUCAGUAUUACGAAAUGUAAAAAAUACAGCCCUGAAUGAUGUAAUAUUUGAAGUAGCAUCUUGUGCCAAACAACAUAUAGAAGAGGCAAUCUCACUUAAUACUUUGCAGGAAAGCAAAUCAAUAUUUUUACCAAUAAUUUGUAUAGAAAAUUAUUUAGAAGAAUUAAGGAAAACAGAUUUUGAUAUUUUUCAUCCAAGACUUGAAAGAAGAAAUGGUUUCUUACCAUUGCAACUUUUAUGGAGAAAGAUAACUGAUAAAUUUAGUAAAUAAAAUUUUAAAUAUAUAGGGAUUAUUUUCUUCUAGUAGACAAUAUUAAAAGUGGAUAGAAAUAAUGAGAUAAAAAAAAAUUUUGUUUUUUAAAAUCCGCCACUCUGAUGUAUUUAAUGUAUUAUAUGUAAAUGAGAAUUAGAUAUUAAAGUCAUAUUGACAAUAUUGCAUAAGUAGCGAUUCCUAGCGGUAACAAUCAAAAUCAAAGCAUCAAUAUAACAUUUAGCCCUAUCAACUUUCCUGAACUUAACCUGGUUAAUGUUCUAAAACUGUGUAAACCCGUCAUGGUCAUAUGAUAGAAGAAGAAAAAGAGAUAAAUAUAAAAUAACAAGAGGUAAAGACUACUUACUAAGAGGAUACAAGAAAGAAAAAUCUUCGGAUGUGAUUAACAAUUGGAAUAAACAUUAAUAUUGAAAAAAUUAAUAUUGAAAUGAAUCAAA